GCUUCGAAGGCGCGUACCUUUCGCCAAUCGCAUAUUUUAUAAUAACUAUAUUUGGUCAUCUGGUACGCCGAAACAUUUGCAUCUUUUUAUCUUACACUGGCGAGAAAUGGCCUCCGUGGAGAUUGCAGAAGAAAUACGCUCGAUCUUUCCUGGGACGGAAGAACUCAUCGUGCAGUAUCUUUCAGGCUAUCUGGUCGAUGACGCUGGAGAAGAGGAAGAUGUUCUUCAGGUGGCCAAUGACAUCCUGGAUUCAUUGGGUAUGAAUCAUCCAGACGACGUCAAGAGGCUUAUGGCACGCCUACGGGAUCUGCUCGCCGAGCAGCUGAGUGCACGAGCGAGAAAUAGUGGUCGACCAAAGUUGAUGAAGCUUGACAAAGUUAUGGAUAUGAGUAAGGUCGGUGCUAUGUCGAACACCAUUGGGCUUGGAGAGGGCGUAGACCUGGAGAGCAUCAACAAGGGAAAAGCAUCCAGGGUAGAUGUGAAAAAGCUUGAGAAACAGGAAGCGAAGCUCAAGGCCAAGAUUGAGAAACGUGCUCGUCGUGAUCUCUACGAAGGGUCUAAACUAUUGGAUCAGCACCGCAAGCAGCAAAAUUAUGAAGAGAUGUUCAUGAAGAUCAACCCCUUGGAAGCGGCAAAUGCUGCCAAAAACAAAAGCAAGGAUAUACAUCUGCCCUCCAUUGACGUCAACUUUGGUUCCAAUCGUAUACUAUCAGGAGCAAGUCUUACAUUGGCGUAUGGUCGUCGGUAUGGGCUCAUAGGACGCAAUGGUGUCGGAAAGUCCACCCUUUUGAAACAUAUUGCCAUGCGGGAAGUACCUAUCCCUGCGCAUAUUACCAUAUUGUUCGUAGAACAAGAGAUUGUUGGGGAUGACACAACCGCUCUCGACUCCGUUCUUAAAGCUGACGUCUGGAGAGAUCACCUGUUGAAGGAGGAAGCUUCUUUGAACGCACGCCUAGCUACGCUGGAAAAGGAAGGCGAUGAUAAACGGUUUGAGGAUGCUAGGGAGGAGGCUUCAUCGAGAUUAGCAGACGUGCACGCUCGUUUGAGUGAUAUGGAUGCCGAGAGUGGUCCUUCGAGGGCAGCCACUCUUCUCGCCGGCCUAGGUUUCAGCGAGGCUGACCAAUCCAAGCCUACAAGGACAUUCAGUGGAGGUUGGAGAAUGCGACUCGCGCUAGCACGUGCACUGUUUGUGAAGCCUGCUCUUCUUUUGCUCGAUGAGCCCUCGAAUCAUAUCGAUCUAAAUGCGCUUGCUUGGUUAGAAGAUUACCUUCAAACAUGGCCCGGAACAUUGCUUGUUGUAUCUCAUGAUCGUGCAUUCUUAGAUGCAGUUGCGACUGAUAUCGUACACCAGCACUCUGGUAGACUGGACUAUUAUAAAGGGAAUUUCACGCAGUUCUAUUCAACCAAGUCCGAACGCGACCGCAAUAUGCGAAAAGAAUACGAAACACAAAUGGAUUACCGGAAACAUCUGCAGGCUUUCAUCGACAAGUGGAGAUAUAAUGCAGCCAGAGCUUCGCAGGCACAGAUGAGAAUUAAGAUGCUGGAAAAGCUCCCUGAGUUGGAGCCCCCAGAGGAAGAAGAGGGUGAAACUUUCAAAUUCCCCGAGGCCGAGAAGAUAUCACCACCAUUGCUCCAGUUGUCCGAGGUCACCUUCGGGUAUACCCCUGAAAACCUUCUCCUCCAAGGCAUCAAUAUCGAUGUAGGGUUGGAUUCGCGAAUAGCUAUUGUCGGCGCGAAUGGAGCUGGAAAAUCAACCCUUAUUAAACUCCUAACUGCGGAACUAAGACCCUUGAGUGGUGACUUGAAUCGGAAUGGUCGUCUGCGGAUAGGAUAUUUUUCACAACAUCAUGUCGACACACUCGAUCCUGCUAUGUCUCCUGUGCAGUUCUUGGCCUCUAAAUUUCCAGGAAAGACAGAACAAGAAUAUCGAGGUCACCUAGGCAACUUCCAGAUUAGUGGAAUGACGGGGCUCCAGCUUAUUGGUACGCUUUCCGGAGGUCAGAAGUCCCGUGUCGCGUUUGCUGCCCUAUCACUGCAAAAUCCUCAUAUAUUGUUAUUGGACGAGCCCACUAACCACCUGGACAUUGAGGGUCUGGAUGCGUUGAUGGCGGCUUUGGGCACCUGGAAUGGUGGAGUGAUCGUUAUCUCUCACGACGAGCGAUUCAUCACCACAGUUGCAAAGGAGCUAUGGGUGUGUGCUGAUUAUGCAGUGACCAAGUUCAAGGGUGAUGUACAAGCGUAUAAGAGCAUCAUUGUGAGCAACAUCAAAGCACGACCAUAAUGGUAGUUUGUGUAUGUGGUGUAUAUGCAAGUAGCACGGAGGUCACGAAGGAUCACGAUGAUCCAGUCAUUUCUGUUGCUCAAUCUAGUCCAAAUUUCGGAAGGUGAGGUGAACCGGAAUCCAUGUCAGUUUGGAGGUGGUGCGGUUUUGAAUCAGAUAACUGAAGUUAAAAUUUGCGGGUACUUCUAAUUGCGAAAGUGAUUAACUCGUUUAAAAUCGCCUGUCCCGAAAACCUUACCGUUGCUUAAGCGCUUAUACUUCACUUAAAAGUUAUUUGGUGGUGGUCACGUGC